AGUUCGACUCGUUCAACACCGUAAGAAAGAAGUCCUCGAAAACAUGAACUUCAGGAAAUGCGUGCAAAAGCUGGGCGCUCAUCUCUCCUGCUCAAAGCCUCGACACGGUGGCCUACGGAUUAAGCCUGGGAAGGAUGUAGCCGUCAGCAACGAGAACCUCGACGCGGCGCGUAAGUACGUGGACGUCGUCAUGCAGCGCCUUCGCCGCGACAUCGUCAUGCAAGGGGUCGGAAUGGCCGAUCUAAGAAGUCCGAACGACGACUGCUCCGCCUGGGAGCUGCACAGCGGCACGAUCUCGGGCCUAGAAAGGAUCAGCCACGACGGUAGACCUUGGCCGCUGAAGACGCCCUCGAACGAUGUCGACGACGUCGGCUCACCGGAGCGCUACGACGUAGCCGCAGUAGUGCUGCUGCACGACGUCUGCUUCGAGGUGUUGUACGACUACACGAGCCAUACGCUAGCGGUCUCCGGCAAAGUCUCCGGGAAAAUUGGUAUCGUGCGGCUCGACAUGAUCAUUGGCCACCCCCAGGGACCAGAUGGCGCUCCUGAGGUCAUCCUGUUCGAGGUGACGGAGUACACCCGCGUGGGGAUUUCCAAGCAAAGCGUUGGUGUUCUCAACGAAAAAAUAAUCAACGAGGUCACCGAAAAAGUUGUGCACACCUGCAUCGAGGACGCCAUGUCUUACCGCGUCCUUCCCGUGCUCAACAGCGCGCUCAAGGUCACCCAUAUCCAAAUUUCACCUAGUGGAAUAAAUGGUCCAUCUCUGCAAAAGUGUCUGUAA